AUGCCUGAUGUUCCACUAGACGUAGAGCGCCUCUGUGUCGAAGCAAUCAUGUCUGAUUUCGUCUUGGGUAAAUCAACACCCCCGAAGCAGCUUCCAACUGUCUUGUGGGUGUGUCGAAGGUUCAAGAACUGGUGUUAUCGACAGCUCUACCGUUCGAUCACGUUCGACUCAGACUACAUAUCCACCGGACUGCCUUUGCUGAGGCGAACGCUGGUCAAAUCGCCCGAGUUAGCAUUGCUGGUACAGGAACUUACCUUGCCACACCGAUUCAGAAUCCAAAGUAUCAUCGAGAUCCUCCCCCUCUGCCCCAAUCUUGUCAGCCUUCUGGUCUGGAACGACGAAGCCAUCGACCUUUCCUACAACAAGGGUCUGCGCCGCCUGUCCUGCUUCCCGACCCUAUUCCCCGCUCUUGACGGCCCGCUCCCUCCAGCCUUCGUGCAGUUGACCCAUCUUGACCUGAUUGUCGCAGAGGGCACGACCUGGUACUGGUUGUUCGCCAGAUUGCCGCGCCUCACCCACUUGUGCACAGAUCUCCCGAAAGUCGACUCGGACAUCUCUUGCUUGAUCGCGAAUUUCCCGCCCAGCCUUCAAGUCUGCGUCCUGUUCGAGGAAUGGCCGGACGGGGAUGACCUCGCCAGAAAGAAGACAAUCGCGUCGGGUGAACUUGAUCAGCGCAUCGUGUUCGCGGCUUCAGAACACUUUGAAGUCUCGGUUCCGUAUAUUUAUCGUCAGCCAGAUGAUCUUUGGAGCGACUGGGCAAAAUUCGGGAGCGGGAAUACGCUCUGGGAUGAAGCUGAACUGAUCAUCAAGAGUCGUAGAGUCGCGACGAAUGAAGUGAGGAUCCUCAUUUAUCAGAACUAUCGCGUCUCCAUCGCUAAUGCCUCCCUCAGGCGUCGUCACCCAUAG